AUAUUGAUUGAAACUGCUGAUCUAAUGAUCAGUUUUAGCCUUUUUAGGUAGAAGUAUUGAAUAACGACCGAAAGGAUUAAACGGACGGUCGAAUGAAAAAGGAGUAGACUUUUGAUCCCUUAUUUUACUGAAACGCGGCAAGCAAAAACAAUUUUUAUAUGCGAGUGGAGGCCAGUUAGGCUUUCUCUGUUUACAAACUCUCCAUCCUUUACGCAAAGAAUCCCAUUCUCCUUCUUCUUCUUCUCUCUUUUUGUCGUUUUACCACACAAAAUCAUAUAUUUAUAUGUUGGUGAUGCACUUCUAGUUUCUUUAAGCAACAAAAACAUUUCCUCCACAUACUCUGUUUUUCUCUGCCUUUAAACUCGUAGAAGCGAAUUACAAGGAACUGCGUGAAGCCAUUUUAUUCCUUAAAGAGAGCUGCGUGAUGACUAAUGUUGUGGAGAUGAAAGUGAAUUUGCAUUGCGACGAAUGCAUCAGGAAAAUACUGAAAGCCAUUAAGAAAAUAGAAGAUAUAGAGACAUACGAUGUGGACACACAGCUCAACAAAGUGACCGUCACUGGAAAUGUAACAGACGAACAAGUCAUUAAGGUUCUUCAAAAGGUGAGGAAAACUGCUGUUAAAUGGGACCAAGCCAAUCAAACCCUCUUCCCCAACUAGAGAGUUUUGAGCAUAGUUGGAUGACUCUAUAUGUACCUACGCUCAGUUUUGGCCGUUGUUUUCAUGCAUCUGUAUCAGAAUCCAUGAGGAUUAACUACAGAACACUACGUAAAAUUUCGAAUGCACCAAUAGACUAUAUCGUACGGUUUGUAUGCAUACAAAUAAAAUGAGAUUUAGAUCA